CUGCGGGCGCUGGGCACGGGCCGCGCACGGCGCUCGGAGGCGCUGGCCGGGGCGCCGCUGGACACGGCCGCCAAGGAGUACUCGCCCAAGGUGCGGCAGCUGGUGCGGGACAUCGCGGGGCUGACGCUGCUGGAGGUGGCCGACCUCAACGCGCUCCUCAAGGAGACGCUGAAGAUUCCGGACGUGGGGGUGAUGCCGGCGGGGGCGGCGGCCGCCUCUCUCCAGCCCUCCCAGGCGGCUCCGCAGGAGGAGGAGGAGAUCCCGCUCAAGAAGGAGAAAACGCAUUUCACUGUCCGGCUGACGGAGCUGAAACCUGCUGACAAGGUGAAGCUGAUCAAGGAGGUGAAGAACUUCGUGCCGGGAGUGAACCUCGUGCAGGCAAAGAAGCUGGUGGAGUCCCUUCCGCAGGAGAUCAAGGCUAACGCCUCCAAGGAGGAAGCAGAGAAGAUCAAAGCGGCGUUGGAGGCAGCAGGAGGGACUGUGGUUCUGGAGUAGGCAGUGGCAUCUCACCACGGAGGGACUGGCAUGAUGGCAGCCUUCCCCGCUGCCGCCUGCCCGGCCGCUGCCCGAGCUGGGGUCCGGACGUUUCCGACUGCGAAACGUCCCCUAGUCGUGUGGUGGGAACGUUCUCUCAAAGCGAUACGAGAAUGCUGUACGGUUCGGCGGGGCUGCUCUCUCGU